AGUGGCAACUGAUCCCUCGGAUCACUCAAAUUUCCCAAUUCAACGGGAAAGGAAAAGCGGCAGUGUGCGCCACAGAGAGGGAGCCGUCGGAGCCAGAGACAAACGGACACGAAGGAGAAACGCCAGCCGCGGCGUUCCUCCUCUUUUGACAUUGACAGCUCUUCAGCGGCAAACCGCAGCAUCAGGAAGACAAUCUAUGACCACUGUUCACAACAGACGAUCGACUUUGAACCUGUUUGUUUAAAUAAACGGACUUAACAACUCCCAUGCCCAUAUCUUGUGGGUCCCGAAGAGGAGAAAGAAGUUACAGUUACUCCGUGCCGUUUGGACAACAAGAGACACCGACGCAGGAAACGCCGAACUUACCAGCCGCCGGUUCCAUACAACGCAUUCGGCUUAAUGACUGCAUUUCUUGUCUCUCACGGACAGUUGCUUUGCGCAUGGAAGAUGGCGUGGACAGGCUGACACAAUAUCACAUAUUCUUCCCCCUGCCCCCCAUACCUUACCCCGUGGGGGGAACAAGGAGCAUCCGGGGGGAGGGGGUAACUAGUGAAACCACGGCGACCUGUGCCGCCUUCCCACUCCGCGUUGGAGUGCCCGGCCCCGCCGGCCUGGGUGGGAUGCGGCUCUCCGUGCUUCUGGGGAUCCUAAUCGUCUGCACCCUGCUUCUCGCAACUGUAACUGAGGGUUGUGGGCCGGGGAGGGGACACGGCAAGAGACGUCCGCCGAAAAAGCUCACACCCCUUGCUUAUAAGCAGUUCAGCCCAAACGUUGCGGAGAAGACACUGGGUGCCAGCGGCAGACACGAAGGGAAAAUAACGAGAAAUUCGGAACGAUUUAAAGAGCUAACACCAAACUAUAACCCUGAUAUAAUAUUUAAGGAUGAGGAGAACACCGCUGCGGAUCGACUCAUGACCCAGCGCUGCAAGGACAAGCUGAACUCCCUGGCUAUCUCCGUGAUGAACAUGUGGCCAGGGGUGAAGCUGAGGGUGACGGAGGGCUGGGAUGAGGACGGCCACCACUCGGAGGACUCCCUCCACUAUGAGGGCAGAGCCGUGGACAUCACCACCUCGGACCGGGACCGGAUCAAAUACGCCAUGCUGGCCCGACUGGCUGUGGAGGCCGGUUUCGACUGGGUCUACUACGAGUCCAAGGCCCACGUGCACUGCAGUGUCAAGUCAGAGCACUCUGUGGCGGCUAAGACGGGGGGCUGCUUCCCUGGCCGUUCUCUGGUCACCCUGGAGGAUGGGAGCAGGAAGGAGGUUCAGGACCUCCAGCCAGGGAAUCGCAUCCUGGCGUCCUCGGAGUCAAACGCCAGCGGCGAGCUCGUCUACAGCGAGUUCAUCACCUUCCUAGACCGGCAGCCUGAAGCGCGGAAGCAGUUCUACGUGCUGGGAACGGCCACCGGGGCCAACCUGACCCUCACCGCCGCGCAUCUCGUGUUCGCGACUCAGGGGAACUGCUCGGCGGGGUCGGCGGUCACGCGGACUAUGUACGCCAGCGACGUGCGGCCGGGACAAUGUGUGCUGACGGCCGGCCCAGGGGCCGGGACGGACCAGGGGCCACAGGUCCGUCUGUCCCCCGUCGUCUGGGUCCGAGUCCAGGUGGACACGGGGGCGUACGCCCCGCUGACACAGCACGGCUCGCUGGUGGUCAACGGCGUCCUGGCAUCGUGCUACGCUGCUAUGGACCAGCCCCAGAUAGCCCACUGGGCCUUCGAGCCGCUCCGCCUGAUGUACGGCUGGACAGGUUGGAGUGGGUCCCCGCAGGGAGGCGGACUACACUGGUACCCCUGGGUCUUACAUCGGAUAGGAACCCUCCUACUGGACCCGGGACACUUCCACCCCUGGGGGGUGGCAACACACGACCCUGAGAGAUAAACAGGAAGACAUUAACCCAGACCAGAAAUGUCAGGAAGAACAGAGAGAUAGAGAGGUAGAGAGAGAGAGAGAGAGAGAGAGAGAGAGAGGUAGAGAGAGAGAGACAGGUUAGAGAAGGGAAAUGAAGGACAAAGAACUGGGAAUCACUCUGCUGAGUUCUGGGUGGUGGGACCAACAAGGGAGCUUGAGUCAAAUGGAAACCUUACUGUAGCUUUGUUUCCAUUAUUUUCAUGCAGACUUUCAAGCAGAGUUGUAUAUGCGAUGGAUAUUUAGAAAAUCGUUUGCUGAAGCUGUGCAGCAGAGCAGGAUUGAUUUCUGUCUGAUUAACACUUUAAUACAUUUGAAGAGAUUUGUGUGUGAACAGUUCAGGGAGCAACAUUAGCAAAGACAACAUUCCUCUCAGCCUUAAUAAUCUCUCUAACUUAAUUGCAGAAAUGUUAGUAGGCUUUUUAUCACCAUGGAGCCAAUUCCGACCCGAGAUAAAUGCACUUAAAUGCGAAUGUAUUCCAAUUAUAUGCACUUUUCUCUUUCUCUACAUAUUCUGACCGUAAAGGUCAGACUGAGAUAACCCUUGUUUCAGCCCCUCAUGGGGUGGAGAAGAAAAGAGGGUAUGUUUUAGAGGUUUGUCUACAGAUAAGCUAUAAAUUAGUCUGACCUUGGCUGUGUUUGAGAGGAUCAAAAUGCUGAAUGAUCUGCGUGACUGAUCUGCAAAUCACCUUGCAUCAUAAAAAAUACUUGCUAUUAUUUAUAGAUCAGGCAGGCCAUCGGUCACAUUUACCCAUGAUACAUUGAGAUUUUGAUCCUCUCGAACACGUACUUUGGCCUCUAUCCGUCAUAAUUCCAGCACCUUUGCUCUGACAAAACAAACAUAAAAAAGACCCCAUUCUUCAGGCACUUUACAAUUCCAUAAUACCUAUUGAUUAGAGCAGAGCUGAACAAAUAAUGAAUGAACUCAGAUAAAGAGAUUGUUAAAAUAUAUAAUUGGUUUUAAUCUAUUUUACCUCAAUAUGACCCCUGGAGACAAAUGUGAAAACAGUCAUGAGGAAUACAGUAUUAAACCUAACAGCCUUCCCUCAGUGAAGUAUAUUUAAUAGUGGCAAUAUGCACAAUUGAAAUUGUAUGUCCUUUUAACUUAAAUUAAAGGGAUGAUAGAUUGUAUUUCCUUUUAACUGAUAUUAAAGGGAUGAUAGGCAAAUCAGAUAGUUAUUUUACACUACAAAUUGAACAACACGGUUUCCUCAGGAACAGAUAAUUCUAUAUAAAAUAAUCAGUUCAUCCUAUUAUAAUUCUAUAUGCAAUAAUAAUCUAUCCAGCCGAUUAUAAUUAUAUAUAGAAUAAUCAAUCAUUUUGUCCUAUUAUAAUUCUAUGUACAAUAAUCAUUCUAUACAAUAAUCAUUGUAUGAUGUAAAAAAGGAGGCAAAUAUCCUCCUUUUUUCUCCAAAUAUAGUUGGUCGACAAAAGCCAAAUUACCAGAAGUAAACUGUAUUUAAAGGGAUGGCUUUAGAUAAAAUGUAUUAAGAACUCCAUUAAAUGAAAAUGUAUCCAUGAGAAAAUUGGUUGGCCAGCCAGUGGGUGGGUUUUCAGUGGUUUAAUGAAAUGUUGUGCCGGAAAACCUUGACUACAUGAGCUUUCCCUUGCCUGGAAAUGACCGGUCUGUCUACCAAGUACAGAGAAGUGCAUAUAACGAGGGUGCAUUUACCUAGUCGGAAUCAGCCCCUGUAUUCUUUCCACACUUAACACUGGAAUGCAUCCCAAUACACACACUACACACUAGACUAAACACACCACAGAAGUCCAGCUCAGGUAAGGGGAGAGAGCAUUAAGAUGUUGAGACGAGGAGGCUUCAAAUACAGAAAUAAGCCAUGAGUUGUAUUUUUUAUGUAACAAACCCGAAAUCGCAGGCUACGGAGGAAAUAAAAGCAUAUUAUGUUUGCUUGGCCUACCGCAUGGGUUGUACUGGG